AUGACCAAUAAGGGUGUCAUUUAUUGUAUCAUUGUAUUAAAACAAUUUUUUAUUAACAAUUAUACUACUGCUAACACUACUCGUGUCACUACUACUACUACUACUACUACUACUACUACUACUACUACUAAUACUACUACUACUACUACUACUACUACUACUACUACUACUACUACUACUACUACUACUACUACUACUACUACUACUACUAAUACUAAUACUAAUACUAAUACUAUACUAAUACUAAGAUAUAUUGUUUACUUAAUUCAUGAAUAA